GUAACUAUGUUGCUGCUGGAGAUCAAUGAAGCCAAGUGAAUGGGGGCUGAAUGGGCGAAUCCUUAGCUGAAGCGGAGCGCCAGAUGGUGGAGGGCUACACUUAUUUAUGAAACUGUCUUGAGUUCUUCUUCAAUUGCCAGUUUUCAGCCUCCUCAUGCCUCCGUCUCCUUUAGACGACAGGGUAGUAGUGGCACUGUCUAGGCCCGUCCGACCUCAGGAUCUCAACCUUUGUUUAGACUCUAGCUACCUUGGCUCUGCCGCCCCAAGCAGUAACAGCCACCCUCCUGUCAUUGCCACCACCGUCGUAUCCCUCAAGGCUGCGAAUCUGACGUAUAUGCCCUCAUCCAGCGGCUCUGCCCGCUCCCUGAAUUGUGGAUGCAGCAGUGCCAGCUGCUGCACUGUGGCAACCUACGACAAGGACAAUCAGGCCCAAACCCAAGCCAUCGCUGCCGGCACCGCCACCACCGCCAUCGGAACCUCUACCACCUGCCCUGCCAACCAGAUGGUCAACAACAAUGAAAAUGCAGGCUCUCUAAGUCCAUCAGGUGGGGUGGGCAGUCCCGUGUCAGGGACCCCCAAGCAGCUAGCCAGCAUCAAAAUAAUCUACCCCAAUGACUUGGCGAAGAAGAUGACCAAAUGCAGCAAGAGUCACCUGCCGAGCCAGGGCCCUGUCAUCAUUGACUGCAGGCCCUUCAUGGAGUACAACAAGAGUCACAUCCAAGGAGCUGUCCACAUUAACUGUGCCGAUAAGAUCAGCCGGCGGAGACUGCAGCAGGGCAAGAUCACGGUCUUAGACUUGAUUUCCUGUAGGGAAGGCAAGGACUCUUUCAAGAGGAUCUUUUCCAAAGAAAUUAUAGUUUAUGAUGAGAAUACCAAUGAGCCGAGCCGAGUGAUGCCCUCCCAGCCACUUCACAUAGUCCUCGAGUCCCUGAAGAGAGAAGGCAAAGAACCUCUGGUGUUGAAAGGUGGACUUAGCAGUUUCAAGCAGAACCAUGAAAACCUCUGUGACAACUCCCUCCAGCUCCAAGAGUGCCGGGAGGUGGGGGGCGGCGCGUCUGCAGCCCCGAGCAAGCUACCUCAGUCCAUCCCCACCACCCCUGACAUCGAGAAUGCGGAGCUGACGCCCAUCUUGCCCUUCCUGUUCCUCGGCAAUGAGCAGGACGCUCAGGACCUGGACACCAUGCAGCGGCUGAACAUCGGCUACGUCAUCAACGUCACCACUCACCUGCCCCUCUACCACUACGAGAAAGGGCUGUUCAACUACAAGAGGCUGCCGGCAACCGACAGCAACAAGCAGAACCUGAGGCAGUACUUUGAAGAGGCUUUUGAGUUCAUCGAGGAAGCUCACCAGUGUGGGAAAGGGCUUCUCAUCCAUUGCCAAGCCGGGGUGUCCCGUUCUGCCACCAUCGUCAUCGCAUACUUGAUGAAGCACACUCGGAUGACCAUGACUGACGCCUAUAAAUUUGUCAAAGGCAAACGACCAAUUAUUUCCCCAAACCUUAACUUCAUGGGGCAGUUACUGGAGUUUGAGGAAGACCUGAACAAUGGUGUGACACCGCGGAUCCUUACACCAAAGCUGAUGGGCGUGGAAACGGUCGUCUGACACAAGUCUGGAUGGAAAGCAUUACUUGUCUCUGUUAAGAGACAAAGAGAAAGAAGGAUGGAUUCUUUUUUUUUCCUUUUUCUUUCUUUCUUCUUCUU